AUAAAUUGCAUUUUGGCAUUACGCCAUUUCUAAUUUUUAUCAGUCUAUAUCUGCCCAUGGGUGUUAGAGAACGUGCAUUUCAAAGUUCGCGUCGCCAAAAUGGCGUACAGAGCGAAAGCGAUUCGCAUUUUGGGAAUCUUUCAGAGUGUGAUCGGGGUAUUGAUGAUUGUUGUCGCAAUUCCAUGUAUUAUAGUUCAUGAUAAAGACUUCUCAUCCCUAAUGUUUGGCUUCGGUAUUUCGGUUGGUGUUUGGUCAGUCAUCACAGGCGUCCUUGGCUUUAUCGGAGCAAGUCAUAAUAAUAAUAAUACACUUAACAGAUGGCUGAUUGGCACCAUAUUGUGUUUUGCGGUGACAGCAUGUGUGAUCUGCGGCAUUAUGAUCUUUAUCGAUGCCAUGCUAUUAAGUCAUUUCCGGCAAGAACCCAGUACAAUUGCCAAUAUCCGAAGUGUCGAGAGAAGAGAAAAGAUAAACAUUCCCGAAGAUAUCCACGAUGACGCUUACUAUGAGCCACGACUUAAAAAGGCAAAGACGUUUAUUUGUCUCUUGGCUGCACGGGUCUCCUUGGCCGUGGUUAUGUUCUUUCUCGCAAUGGCAUCUUCCACAUGUGGCUGCGUUUUCUGUUCUGAAUCUUCCGGGCCGGAACAAUCUGGACAACCUGGUGUCAUUGUGUUGGGACCAAACGGGGCUGUGGCCGGAGCCACAACCAUGCAGAGCUACCCGAACCAAUCACCCAUUGUCAUCCAGCAACCGGGAGGGGACCAGGAAAAGAAUGAAGAUCCUCCCGCCUACGCUGCCAAAUGAACCGUGCACAGCAAGAGGCUGAUAGAUCACGGGGGAGGGGACUUUUGAGCCCUCCAACACCUUUAAGCUGUAAUAAUUUUUGAACUAGUAGGGCUAGAGCAUUGAAAUUUGAUUAAUUUUGAUAAAAUUUAUCUGGGAGCAGUUUGGUUUGAAGAAAAUGUUGAUAUGUGUACCCUGGUAACCAUAGCAACCAAGUUUUUUUCAAUGAAAAUUAGGCAAAACGCUUUAAGUCGUUUAAUAUGAAGUGCUUAACGCAAAUCGAUGUCAUAUAAACGUUUUAUACCAAGUUAAAAAAAAAAAUUUACAUCUCUAUUUUGGUGGAGGGGUGGUGUUUUUUUCUCAAUUUUUAACCUUCUCGAAAUAGUGCUUGUAGAAAUAGCAAAAAAAACCAUUCAUAUCCAACUGAAAUCAUAAAUACAACUUGAAACGAAGAUAUUGUCAAAAAGCUUCAGAUUUUGCAAUCCAGUUUUUAUUGAUUUUUAAAUAAAUAAAUUUCAUUAAGAUGGCGGAUCCAAGAUGGCGGAUCCAAGAUGGUGGAUGCUGAUGUCACAUAAUUAGCUGAAAAUCGCUGUUUUUAACUAAAACCGCUUUUUUAACUAACAUCUAAAUUUGUCAAAAUCCUUUUUAUGCUCCUCUAUUAAUAAAAAAAUAGAAAAAAUA